CCCCUGCAGGGGCUAUCACGAAGUAUGAAUAUGAGGGAGGAGUGAGGAGAAAGCAAAAGACUUCAUCUCUCCCAUCGAUGUCGGAAUUUUCCCGCCAAAUCAUUCAAUCCUUAACUCCAUCUCUGCAUAUGCCACCAUGACCAUGCCUCAUCAACCCUCCUUCCCCUUUCAUUUCCCUGUCUUCGUACUCAUUGUCUCCCUUUCUUUCGUUUACCUCCUGCCCUCUCUUAACCCGAUCAAGAGCCUAUUCUUAACCCAUAACCAAACCCUAACACCCAUCACAACCCAACCCGAGAUUAGAACCAACAGAAAUAGCUACAUAGUCCGGUUCAGGGAAUACAGGAGCGCGGAGGAUCACCGCGCAUACCUUAAAUCGGAGGUCAGAUUGUCGGGCUGGGAAUGGAUCGCGAGGCAGAACCCUGCCGCGAAGUAUCCGACCGAUUUUGGCCUCGUGUCCAUCGAGGAAUCGGUGAAGGAGGGGGUGAUCAGGGAGAUUCGGAGUCUGGGAUUUGUCAAGGAUGUGAACGUGGAUUCCAGGUACACGAGGGGUGUGCUCGGCGGCGCGUUUGUGGAUGGAAAGAAACGACCCGGAAAGAUAUUCACUUCGAUGUCGUUUAACGAAGAAGAACAUUACGCAGCCGCUACGAGCAAUUCCACAAUUAAUUGGGGUAGACAACUUUUAAUGCAGAAAACUCAAGUUACAUCCUUGUUUGGAGCAGAUGUUUUGUGGGCUAAAGGGUAUACUGGUGCUAAGGUCAAAAUGGCCAUAUUUGAUACCGGAAUACGUGCUGAUCACCCACAUUUCCGUAAUAUCAAGGAGCGUACAAAUUGGACCAAUGAGGACACUUUGAAUGACAACCUUGGACAUGGUACGUUUGUUGCUGGUGUCAUCGCUGGUGAAGAUGCAGAAUGUCUUGGAUUUGCCCCAGAUACUGAAAUUUAUGCCUUCCGCGUAUUUACAGAUGCCCAGGUAUCUUACACAUCAUGGUUUCUUGAUGCAUUUAACUAUGCCAUCGCAACAAAUAUGGAUGUGCUGAAUUUGAGCAUUGGGGGGCCUGAUUACUUGGAUCUCCCAUUCGUAGAGAAGGUUUGGGAAAUAACUGCAAACAAUAUUAUCAUGGUCUCAGCAAUUUAUGGCCGUGUUAAGCCUGAUGUUGUUGCAUAUGGAAGGGAAAUUAUGGGAUCCAAGAUUAGUACAGGUUGUAAAAGUUUAUCAGGCACAAGUGUGGCAAGUCCUGUGGUUGCUGGUGUUGUAUGCCUCCUUGUUAGUGUUAUUCCUGAGGCUAAACGGAAGGAUAUACUAAAUCCAGCAAGCAUGAAACAGGCACUUGUUGAGGGGGCUGCAAAGCUUGCUGGUCCUAACAUGUAUGAACAGGGUGCUGGAAGAGUUGAUCUAUUAGAAUCAUAUGAAAUUUUGAGGAGCUACCAACCUCGGGCGAGCAUUUUUCCUAGUACUCUCAGUUAUAUGGAUUGCCCUUAUUCUUGGCCCUUUUGCCGUCAACCGCUCUAUGCUGGUGCCAUGCCUGUGAUAUUCAAUACCACAAUUCUAAAUGGGAUGGGUGUCAUUGGCUAUGUUGAAAGUCCACCCACAUGGCAUCCCUUGGAUGAGGAAGGGAAUCUUCUGAGCAUUCACUUCACUUAUUCAGAAGUCAUCUGGCCUUGGACUGGUUAUUUAGCAUUACACAUGCAAAUUAAAGAAGAAGGUGCACAGUUUACUGGGGAGAUUGAGGGCAAUGUGACUGUUAGCGUAUAUAGUCCACCAGCUCAAGGUGAAAAGGGCCCUCGAAGAAGUACUUGUAUUCUUCAACUGAAAUUGAAAGUCGUUCCAACCCCAGCAAGACCAAAACGUGUUUUGUGGGAUCAGUUUCACAGUAUCAAAUACCCCCCUGGAUAUAUUCCAAGAGAUUCGUUGGAUGUACGCAAUGACAUUCUUGACUGGCAUGGGGAUCACCUGCACACGAACUUCCACAUUAUGUUCAACAUGUUACGAGAUGCUGGAUACUAUGUUGAAACUCUCGGUUCUCCUCUUACAUGCUUUGAUGCUCGCCAGUAUGGAACUCUUUUGAUGGUUGAUCUUGAAGAUGAGUAUUUCCCUGAAGAAAUUGAAAAAGUGAGGGAUGAUGUUAUCAACACGGGACUGGGCUUGGCUGUCUUUGCUGAGUGGUAUAAUGUGGACACAAUGGUAAAGAUGAGAUUUUUUGAUGAUAACACACGAAGUUGGUGGACUCCAGUAACUGGAGGAGCAAAUAUUCCGGCAUUGAAUGAUCUUUUGUCUUCAUUUGGGAUUGCUUUUGGAGAUAAGAUUCUGAAUGGUGAUUUUACAAUUGAUGGUGAGCAGAGUCGAUAUGCAUCUGGAACCAAUAUAGCAAGGUUUCCAAGAGGUGGAUAUGUACACAGCUUUCCCUUCCUGGAUACCUCAGAAAGUGGAGCCACUCAGAAUGUACUGCUAACUUCUGGCUCGAGCACAGCAGACUCCCCUAUUCUUGGACUUCUAGAGUUGGGUGAAGGUCGAAUUGCAGUUUAUGGAGAUUCCAACUGUUUAGACAGCAGCCAUAUGGUCACUCAUUGUUUCUGGCUUCUAAGAAAAAUACUAGAUUUCACCAGUUCAAACAUCAGAGAUCCAGUGCUUUUCUCAGAUUCCAGUAAACAGGAUAUGUCCUUGUAUGAAGAUGACAACCAAUUACCAUCUCGAAGGACGGACAUAAAUUUUUCUACAUAUUCUGCUGUUGUUGGAAAGGACUUAAUUUGCCGCAGUGACUCAAGAUUUGAAGUGUGGGGAACUAAGGGUUACAAUUUACACGUUAGGGGAAGGAACAGAAGAUUGCCAGGCUAUCCUGUCAUUGAUAUGGACAGAGGUUUAAAUUCUACUGUUGACAUUUCCAAAUUGAGGCGUGCAAAGGUAGUUCAGAAGAGAGGGGGUGAUUCUUCUGGAAACAAGUACUUGAGUUUGCUAUAUGGCAAUGAGCUUGAUGUGCCUGAGCUAGUUGUUAGUCAUCGGAUUUUACCUGCUAUGAUUGCAGUAUCUGGAUUUGUGUUACUUUUUAGUCUUUGGCGAAUUCGGCUAAAGAGACGAAGGCGGAGGGGAGGUUCUGUCUCUGUUCGCUUAGCCAAUUUAUAGCAAAUGAUUAUGUCACUUCUGAGGAGCUUUGUCUGUGAAAAUGCUACCAGUCAGACUUUCACCCCAGAUGAGAAAGGAAGUUUUCCAUCAGAUUGUGUUCUCUCUUGUUUUUUCCUCUCACUUGAGAGUUUUGCGUGCAUCACAGGAAGUAGACUUGCAGAUAGUUUUGUAGUGUUUGCAUUCACUUGGAUGCUUGCCAUGGCACAAAAUUUUGAAGGAUGAUCGGCGCCAUUAGGAUAUACGAAAGCUUUACUUUCAUAUCUUUACAGAAUUCAGUCUUGUUAUUAGUUACCAUAAUACUGUGUAGCAGACAUGUCCAUUAUGGGCAAUAGACUUUUUAAUCACAAUUUUUUUUUUUUAACUUGCUAACUGAGAACUGAAAUUUGGUGAGACAACAAUUUACUCAUGGAGUUACCUA